CGCGGUUCAACUCGGACAUCCGAAAAUUCGAAAUACCCGAACUUCGCGAAAACACGCGAGCGGCGUUCCGCGAAUCGUUGUGUCUCGUUCGCACUCGUAUCGCCUGACCCCGGGGGGGGGGAGUACCGAUUAGACGGAGUGCAAGCAGAAUUCCUUCGAUAUUGACCCAAACGAAUGUGAAAAAUGGUGCUACGAGUGUUCUAGUUCACCGAAUCUCACAUCUGAACGAAUAACGACCGUGCCGUGGAAUCAAGGUUCCGUGAUUUUCUCCUAUUUGUUUACCAGUUGGAGACGGUGAACGAUGGGUAAUCAAUCUACGAAACAAUCCGGAAGGCCGAAGAAGGCCGUUCACUGGAAAUCAGCAGAGCCCCCUUCGCCCCCGGGGAAGCCAGUGUUGGUGCCAGGAUCGCCUAAUUCAACCGUACCGGAUGUGGUCACUAUUCGUUGGAAACGACCAACUAGCGAUGGCGGAUCGCCAAUUCUUGGCUACAUUGUCGAACAUCGGCGGACGGGUUCACCGCACUGGGUUCGAGCAACCGCCCACCUGAUUCAGUUGACGGAGCUUUCGUUUAGCGGUCUUGAGCCGGGAUGGCGCUACCAGUUCCGGGUUCAGGCGCAAAAUAUUGUUGGACUAUCGGACAGUAGUGAGCUUUCCGAUGCGUUAACCGUAACACUGCAACGGGCUAUCGAGGUUCCACCGAGAUUUAUCUACGAACUGAUCGACACGACAGCAAUCGAGGACGAAAAAGUUGAGUUCCGAGUUUCGGUCGCUGGAACUCCCACCCCGGAUAUCAGUUGGUUCAAGGAUGGUUUCGAGAUGUUUAGCAGCCGUCGAACGAAGAUUUCCACUGAGGGAGACUUCAGCGUUUUGGUAAUUCAUCAAGCGGCAUUGACAGACGCAGGAGAGAUCAAAUGUACGGCCACGAAUCGGGCAGGUCACAGCAUGACUUUGUGUAAUCUGUCGAUCAAUGCAUAUCCUAAGAUUCGUCUACCGCGGCAGUAUGAGGACGGACUGAUUAUUGAAGCAGACGAAAUUAUUCGACUCAAAGUUGGAAUCGCUGGCCAACCGCCGCCAGUUGUUGAGUGGAGUCAUAAUGGUGAACUGUUGUCCGAUGGUGGUCGCUAUGAAAUCGAAACCACUGACAAGCACUCCUCUCUUAAGAUAGCCAACGCCCAAAGAUCCGAUCGCGGUGAGUACAAUCUUCGGGCGUACAACAAUCUCGGAGACGAUUAUGCGUCGUUUCUGGUAACUGUGACGGCACGUCCUGAGCCUCCGGGAAAGGUGAAUAUUAGUGUUGGGUUUGGGAAGGCCAUUACAUUGAACUGGUCGGCUCCAGAGGAUGAUGGAGGCUGCAAAAUCGGCAACUACAUCGUCGAGUACUACCGUGUCGGUUGGGAUGUUUGGCUUAAGGCAAACACUUGUCGGCAACUGAGUACCACCCUGAGUGGGCUGAUCGAAGGCUCGCAGUAUCGGUUUCGUGUUAAAGCGGAAAAUCCGUACGGAUUAAGUGAUCCCAGUGAAGAAUCAGAAACACUAUUCAUUCCGGAUCCGAAACGCGGAAUCAAUAGCGCAACGCAAGUGCCGGAAGUUAAUAACAACGAUCAUCAGUUUCAACCAUUGGCAGUGCCUCGUAAGCGUCGGGAAGAAUCACGAUCGCCUGCACGUGACGCGGAACAAAUUAAAAAGAUCAAAGCUUACACUGGGGAAACAAGUUCGUACAAUCGAGUGGAAAUUGUUCGUGAAAUUUCGUACGGUACUCGAGACGAAGAUUUCUUCAAGCCAAAACAAUCCGAAAACCCACGCAAAGCAUCAACCGUAUCAUCUAGCACGCAAGUUCCCAGCCGCAUUGAGGUGACCUACGAAGGAUCUGCGUUUCGAUCACAGCAACCGACGCCAUCUAAAACGUCAGUUUCCGUGCAACAUUCACCGAACUAUCGCGAAACAAACUCCCUCAAACCAAAGCAACCCGAACAACGAAAUUCUAAAUCACCUUCUCCGGUACCGCAACCACCACCAUCACCGCUUCCCUCGGUCAUUGUUACGGCACCGGCUCCCAUUCUACCACCGGAACCAAGCUAUCCAGCACCGGCUCGGCCACAAUCCUUCCCAUCGCCACUGAAAGCAAUGGAAAGAUUUUCCAAAAAUCCAAGUCCGUUGACGAUCAUUACGGCCACUUCCGAUAAUCAAUUGGCGCCGGUGUCACCGGCACCGACCAGUCCGACCUCAUCAGCUAGCAAACAACCGACCAUUCACAACAGCAGCGAAUUUAUGCUGGUGCUGUACAACGAUCAUGAAGCGAAGGACAACACACGAAAUUCAACCUUUGACUUCGAACUGGACGAUAUGGAGCCACCGCCGCCGCCGCUAUCGAUGUCGGCACCGGAGCUGAAUGUCGAACCACCGCCAGCACCGGUUAUGCGGGCGGCUGUUAGCUCAACCGAACUACUGUACGAAAGAGCGAUGGCACGUUUCUAUCAGGCGGUAGCACUGGAAGAAUCUCAGAAUCAACGAAAACCCGAACGCAGAAGAAGCUACAGUGCGGCAGAGCCAAUACUACAACAGCAGACACAGUCUCAGCAGCAGCAGCAGCAGAGUACAUCGGAAGCGGCAGCAGCUCGGUUGGCCGACCGCAGAAGUAGUCUACGGCGAAGACUUUCCGGGGACAAGGAUAUCAUUGUUAAACAAUCCAGCUUUGAAGCGGAUGUGAGACAACAUUCCAGUACCGUUGAUGGAGUCAUUCUCGAAGAGAAAGAGGAUGUUAUACAGGGUGCCGUCGUAGUAGCGUUGGACGGACCUCGUGAGGAACAUGCAGAAAUCGUUUCGAUAUCAUCCUCAAUGGAUUCAAUGCUAGAAGAACUGAAACGUCGGGAGUCGCGUCGCACUAGCAGGACCAUGAUAACGAGUGACGACGACGAAAUGGAAACGUAUCAUCCGACCCAGCGAGUGAUUUCACCGUACACAAAUCCAGAUCCAAGUCAAGCAAUUGAAGUUCUGACGAAACCUUUACCGCUACCCGAUCCCAAUUUUGUUCCCAAACCGAUUCUGAAGCGACCUUCGACUGAGCUUCUAACGAAAGACGAUAAGGAGAAGAAAGUUCUGUCGAAUAAACAACCGGACCGCCGAGAACCAUCUCCGAUCAAACAAGAUCGUAAAGGUUUAAACAACUUAUUCGAACUUAAAUCAUCAUCGAAGGAAACUCUGCAAGAAACGAAAGAACAGGUGAAACGAGAAAAGACACCGGAGAUGAAUAAGAGGAAGGAAGCACCAACCGCUCCGGUGCAGGAAAAGUCACCAGAGCCUGUUGUUGACAAUCAAACUCAAUCUCCUACAGUUACUGAAAUACGAUCGGCUCUAGUAUCGGAAGUGGCACGUCAAAGGCGGCUUGAAUCCCGACAAAGUUCCAUAGAGGAAUCCAGAGCGGUUGCCGAUUUCUAUGGAGAGAUUGUUGAACAAGUGGAAUCAUCCAAAAAACCUCGUAAACUACCACUGUACAUGAGUCCGGACGACAUCCGUGGACGUUCGAGAGAGUUGUCUAAAGAUCGGUUCAUUCGAUCUCGAUCGGGCUCUAGGUCUCCGUUGGAUGAUAGUCGAAGCGUUCCCAAGUCUCGAUCGCCUUCUCUCACGUCGGAACAGAUCGCGAUCAAGAGCAAACCAGCCCGAGAGAGCAAAAUUCUUCGACAACGGUCCGCGUCAAUCGAACAAGAUUCAUCACGACCACCGUCCGCUGCCGGUCAACAUCCAAAGUCCCCGACAGUCAAACCGGUAUCUGCAUUUAGUCCAAGUGGUACAAGUGAGGAACCAUCCAGAAAAAGUCGCCCUCUACGUGAGUCUUCUGCGAUCACCAAAAAACGAAAUGUAUCCAACACACGCUCUCGUAGCAAUUCGCGUGCUCGUGAUGCUGAAUCAAUUCCCGAUGGUCCUGCCAGGCGCGAUGAAGCUCUACGAACUCCGUUGAAAACUCCCACCACCAAAGUUCCUAUCCCACAACAGCAACCUCCUCCUCCUCCUCCUCCGACGCCUUCAAUACCAACAGCAUCGAAAACUCCACCGCAUCCGGAACCCGAGGCACGAUCACGAUCACAGUCCCGCACCCGGGAGCCAACCCCACAAGAAGCAUCCGUCAAAUCUGCCCUGGGUUACCUUACCGAUGUGGCACUGUUCGUGCUUGCCUGUUGGCUGUAUCUGUUCAAAAAUCCCAAACUGGCAAUUCCGGUCAUUGUGCUGAUCAUGUAUCGUCACAUCAGUGACGCCCUUCGAGAUCGGAUUCCGCCCUGGAUUCGGCGUCCCAUCAGCUAACUAAGCCACGGCUGACGGAAUGAUCGUUGCUGGGUUUAAUUUAUCUCAUAAAGACAUAAUCUCAAUGAGGCAGAAGAAUAUUUUUAGCGGGUGGUCUAACUCUGACUGUGACAGGAAACGUUCGAAUUCCGUUUUGGUGCGUAUGGCGAAGCUCAUGUCAAUUUGAAACAGUCGAAGAAAAAAUGAAUGAUGCAUACUAUUUACUUUUAUCGAUGUUUUAAAUGUUUCGCUUUUGUUCUUUCUAAAUAGUUUGAAAAUGAUCCGCUAAGAAUUUUCAAGUUAUCCAAUGAUCGAACUGAAAAGUAACUUUGAUAUGCACAAUUGACGGAUUGACAUGACAUUUCUUCUACGAAACUGACAUCUUCAUUGGCAUCAAUGAAGCUUCAGUAUGAAAGACAGAAUUGUGGUUUCAACAGAGGAUACGGGAAAAUAUUCUCAUACGAAGAGAGUGGAUUCGAACUGUCAAGUGUAGCAUUACAAUGAAGUUAGCUCAAUGUCAAACAGUAAACAUCGACAAAGUUUACGUUUUGUGUUUUGCACAUUUGUUUAUUUACCAUGCACACGCGUUCAUUGGCACGAUAAAUGUUCUAUCGACCGUCUCGUUUCGAAAAACUAGCAUUAUUAUUAGGAAAAUUGUUUACACUACGACUUUCUGUGGUUUCAUAUGUCAAACUCACCCAACCAUUUUCAGCUGUGGACAGUAAAAAAUGCAAUUAUUUAACGAUUGCCAAAAUGUUUUUUCUUUUCUUGAAUGAAACUGCGUCCUAGAAGGCUGAGCACAUCGCAUUUGCACGAAUCGCCAUCUCACUCAUACACUCACACACAUGCACUCACACAGUCUUAUGAUUCACACCAUUAUUGUUGUGUUGUUCUAUUUGAAGUCCGAAGGUUGCCUUCGAGCCGAUGGAUUAUUAUAUUACCUAUUAUUAAAAUGAUUAUCGUCGAUGUACGUAUUUUUUGUUUGCAGCCAUUGCAAAGAAAGGAAAAGCGAGACAAUAAAAAUGUUCUUAAAAUAAAA